AUGAUGGGUAAAGCACGGAAACACUCGAGAGGGAAAUCAUCGGGCUUUGUGCCUGAUUAUAUGCAAGCUGUUGAGACGAUGGUUGAGCCUGACGAGUUUGGUUACUCACGCGGAAUCGAUAGUGAGAUAGAGGAGCCCCCGGCACUGAAACGGAGUCGGUUUAGUUUGAAUGGAGAUAGCUAUGGUGUUGCUAAAGAGGUUUUAUCUUUGUCAAAGAUGUCGAGGUCCGAGAGAAAGAAUUUAGUUCGCAAGUUGAGGAUGGAGCUUGAACAGGUCAGGGACCUUCGUAAGAAGAUUGCAUGUAUUAGUUUAGACACUGUUCUGUUGUCCCCUUAUAGCGAUAUUCAUAGCUGCAGCGAUGGGUCUAGGAGGCCGCCACAAGAGAACAUUGCUACGUUUGUUGGUACACAGGGGAAAAAGCGUCGUCCUGUGCGCAAUGACAAACAGCGGACUAAGAAAGGCCCAUCUCGGCAUCCUGAGUCUACAAGAUUAGAUGUCUCAACAAGCUCUACAGUUGCUUCAGUGAUGAAGGAGUGUCAGAGGUUACUCGAUCGAGUAUGGUCGCAUAAGCUGGGGUUUGCAUUUCGCAAUCCAGUUGAUCCAGUUUUGUUGAAUAUUCCAGACUAUUUUACUGUGAUUAAGCACCCGAUGGAUCUUGGAACGAUACGAAGCAGACUGCGUCAAGAUGAAUACUCUAGUCCUUUGGACUUCGCAGCGGAUGUGCGUCUUACAUUUUCAAAUUCUAUAGCUUACAACCCACCAGGAAAUCAAUACCAUAAGAUGGCUCGAGAUCUCAGCACAUAUUUUGAGGCGAGAUGGAAAAUCAUAGAGAAAAAAAUACCUGUGAUUGAACCCCCUGUCAUCCCCUUAACCAGUUCUGCUUCUCUGGAGUCUGAAAUCCCUGUUAAAGUAGCACCGCCAAGAAAGAAAGUAGCUGCAGUUAACGAGAGCAAGCUGAGGGUGGAACCUGUGAAGAUGGUCAUGACAGAUGAUGAGAAGAAAAAAUUAAGCCUAGAUUUGGAGGCGUUGGAAGAAGAGUUUCCGCAAAACAUUGUUGAUAUCCUGAGAGAGCAAAGUGGCAAUGAUGGCCAAUCUGGGGAAGCUGAGAUUGAGAUAGAUAUAGAAACGCUUUCUGAUGAAAUCUUGUUCAUGGUUCGGAAACUCCUGGAUGACUACCUAAUGGAGAAAAAGAAAUCCCAGGAAAAGAGUGAACCUUGUGAGAUGGAGAUUGUUCAUGACUCUGGAUUCAGUAAUUCCCCUCUGCAGCCUAGUAAAGGUGAUCUGCUAAUUGACGAGGAUGUUGACAUAGUUGGUGGGAAUGACCCCCCUGUUUCCAGCCAUCCUCCUCUUAAGAUAGAAAAAGAUGCUGCAUGUAGAAAUAAUGAAUGCAGCAGUUCGAGUAGCUCCAGUAGUGAAUCAGGAUCUUCAUCUAGUGAUUCUGAUUCUUGUAGUUCCUCUGGGAGUGAAACAGAUUCCAUUAAACCUUCAAAUCCUACUGGUACAGAGGAUAAAAAUGAACCAGGAGUUGGUGUAAACAGGAAGGACGUUGAUAUCAACAGUGAAAAGAUUGUUGUAAAUGAUUCUUUGAAUGAAUUGGGUCAAGUUGAGCAUGAUGUUGGGGAAAAGUCGACCGCCAUGGAUGCAGUACAUGUCCUUCCAGAGGAGGAGACUGCUCCACCUGAGAGGAAAAUCUCCCCAGAUAAGCGUUACCGUGCGGCUCUGUUGAAGAAUCGUUUUGCUGAUACCAUUAUGAAAGCUCGAGAGAAGGCCCUUACUAAGGGUGAGAAAGGAGAUCCUGAAAAACUGAGGAUAGAAAGAGAGGAGUUUGAAAAACGGCUGAGGGAAGAAAAAGAACGGUUACAAGCCGAAGCCAAAGCUGCUAAAGAGGCUAAGAGAAAAGCCGACGUAGAAGCUGCAGAAAUAGUAAGGAGGGAAAGAGAGCAAGAGAGAGAAGCUGCACGACAGGCUUUACAGAAGAUGGAAAAGACCGUGGAAAUUAACGAGGGUAGGCGGUUUAUGGAAGACCUGGAGAUGCUUAGAGCCACCGGUGCCGAGGGUGAUCAAUUACCAACUUUCAUGGAAGAGAUGAUCCCCAAAUGUAGUGAGGAUAUGCUGGGUAGCUUUAAGAUGGAAGGAAACAGUAAUCCAUUAGAACAGCUAGGCCUGUACAUGAAAAUGGAUGAGGACGAAGACGAUGAAGAAGAUCAGCCACACUUUAGGCAAGGAGAAGUAGAUGAACAGUCCCUUGAUAGACAAGAAAGACACACACUUAGUCCUCACGGAGUAGAGAGAGAGGACCAACUUGUUAGUGAAAAUGAAAAACUGGUAAGCCAAGAAGAUGAAAAAUCCAUCAACCAAAAGGAAGGAGAAGAACAAAUGGAGAAUGUGCCGCCACUUGGUCCCCACAGAGAAGAGGGAGAAGACCAACUUGUUAGUGGAAGUCAAGGGCGAGAAGAGGUGGUAAGCCAAAAGGUACAAGAUAAUGAGAACCACGAAGAAGAAGAAAUUAUCAACCAGAUUGAAGGAAAAGAACAAUUAGAGAAUGUGCUAGAUAAAAGAAAUGGAGUUGAGGACAAGGGAGAUGAAGAAGCUGUAGUGUUGAACAAGGGAGAUGAAGCUGAAGCUGAAGCUGUAGACAAGGGAGAGGAAGAAGCUGUCGACAUGGGAGAGGUAGAAACUGAAGCUGUGGACAGGGCAGAGCAAGAGACUGAAGCUGUCGACAAGGGAGAACAAGAGCAAGAAACUGAAUUUGUUGACAUGGCAGGGCAAGAAACUGAAGUUGUCGAAAAUGGAGAGCGAGAAAUUGAAGUUGUGAGCGAGAGAGAGCAAGAAACUGAAGUUGUAGACAAGGGAGAGGAAGAAGCUGUCGACAUGGGAGAGGUAGAAACUGAAGUAUUCGACAGGGCAGAGCAAGAGACUGAAGCUGUCGACAAGGGAGAACAAGAGCAAGAAACUGAAUUUGUUGACAUGGCAGGGCAAGAAACUGAAGUUGUCGAAAAUGGAGAACGAGAAAUUGAAGUUGUUAGCGAGAGAGAGCAAGAAACUGAAGCUUUAGAGAAGGGAGAGGAAAAAACUGAAGUUUUAGACAAGAGAGGGGAAGAAACCGAAGUUGUGGGCAAGGGAGAGCAAGAAGCGCAAGUUUUGGAAGACGAAGUUGAUUGA